AUGGCGGCUAUAUGGAGUCCUGACUGCGGGACCCACCAGCAAAAGUCUUUGACCUCUUCUGGGCACAACUGUGGGCCAAACUGGCACGAAACCAAGCUGUCACAGACAUCCCUCAACUGCACCCUGCCCCACUUAACUCACAACUUAACCAAAUUGCACCGCCAAGCUUCUGACCACGAUGAAGCGAGGGAGGAGUGUGAGGAGGAUAUCCUGACUCACGAAACACAGACCCACCAUCAGCCACCUCCUGACUAG